CUUCAAAAUACUCGUCAUUCGUAAAAUUUGAUAACUUUGAAUUGUGGUGUUAUAUUUGAUGAAUGAGAAACAGUCGUCUUAAGAUUUUAAUUUUAUAAAUACAUUUAAAACCAAAUUAUGCCUGGGAACAAAUCUACUUCAACUAAAUCCAAAACCAAGAGCUCCCGCUCUGGUCUUACCUUUCCUGUUGGACGAGUUCACAGAAUUUUACGAAAAGGGCGAUAUGCUUCUAGAAUUGGUUGUGGAGCAGCAGUCUAUAUUUCAGCAGUGCUUGAAUAUCUUUCUGCUGAAAUUUUAGAAUUAUCUGCUAAAGCUGCUCAAGAUAAUAAUAGGGCCAGAAUAUUACCAAGGCAUAUAAUGUUGGCUAUAGGCAAUGAUGAAGAGCUAGAUAGAAUGCUGAGUGGUGUGACCAUAUCACAUGGCGGAGUGAUGCCGAGGAUUGAACCAGAAUUACUACCCAAGAAAACUGCCAUUAAAAGCCACAGUAUAGAUACAUCAAUGAUGGCGUCACAGGAGUACUGAUACCUUCAUAUAUAUUUUAUUUUAUGUUAUAGCUUUGCUUUAAGUAUUCAUUUUUUGUAUAAAUUUACAGAGUUUUCUCCACAUUAUGGCUAAAAAUUAUAAUAUUUCAUAGGCAAUAGCAUCGCUACAAAUAAAGGUACUACAUAAUGUGUUAAAGUUAAUAAUGUAUUUUUUAUUAAUAAGUCAAAUGUUGUGUUCUUCAAAUGUAUUGUUUGUAAAUCAUAAAUUGUAUAUAUUAAAUAGCAAUGUUUAACUAAAUUCUUGUACUAAUAAAAUUAGGGGUGAGCUUUCAUU